UUUUUUUUUUGUCAUUUGAAUUAUUGAAGAGAAGGGGAGGAAACGGAUGAGUUAUUUGGUCCUAAUCACUCAUUGGCUCCCUUGCUGCUGUUGUUAUAGUUCUUUCAACGAUGAUGAAACAUCCAUAGCAGUACCCAGACGAACACUGACCUUUUACGAUUAUAAUCGAGCGCCACCUCCUUCCUCUUCUUCUUGUGAGACACCUUGUUGGAUUCAACAUAAAGAUCGUUUGAUGAAAAAAUAUGGCUCCAGUUUGAGUACACAACAACAAACAACUUCUCUAUGACAAAUCUAUAUAUUUCUAUUUAUAUCAAAUUGAUUUAUUUCAAACUAUAGGCAUGAUGAUGAUGAUGGAUGAAUGAUGAUAUAGAAUAAUAAAUAAAUAAAG